CGGGGCCCCGCGGGCGACCCGCGGCGCGCGCCGGCUGCUUGGGCGGCCCGGCGCCAGUGUCGCCGCUCGGCGUGCUGGCAGGCGUGAGCUGGUGCUCGGCGCGGGCGCGGGCCUGGCCGGCGACGGGGCCAGCUGGGGGCUCAGCAUGGUUCGGGUGUGGCCAGGAGUGUCCUGGCCCCCGCAGCCUGCAGAGCAGCCCUAACGAGCAGAGGGGGCGGGGCGCCCCCGCGGCGCGCCCAGCGCCUCUCUGCGAGGUGCCGCUGCACCGGCUGCGGCCUGCGCCCGGGCAGCUUGGUGGGCGCUUCGCGAGCGUCAGCGCGUCGGUUUCUGGCGCAGAGGUGGAGCUGAUGCUGGACUCGGGCCUCAGUGAGGCGAUGGUCACGCCGGCGCUCGCCAAGAGGCUCCAGCUACGCUCGCGGGGCGCCGCCGCUGGCCAGGCCGCCGGGGGCACCGCCACCGUGCCGCUGGUGGACCUGCCCAGCCCAGCGCUGGCAUGCGGCGCCAGACUGCCUCCGCUGGAGGCGGCGGUGGCGUCUUUCCCGCAGGAAUCCGCGGACAGAGAGCUGCCCCUCAGCGGCAUGCUCGGCUACCAGGCGCUCCAGGGGUACGACGCGGACCUGGACUUCCCGCAGGGCACGCUCCGGCUGUGGGCCCCGGGCGACGGCGC